GUUUGUACUUUAUGGUAAAACAUGGCCGCUGCAUCACAGACACGAGCCUGCACUUUUUACUCACUCGUCUGUUUGUUUUCACAGUCUGUUUGUUUGGCGUGUGCUUAUUUCCAUCGGUACGGGUUCUCCUACAUUUCCGGUGUUUAAUGAUCAGAUUUUUUUUGUCGUAAGUGCUGUAACAAAAGCCAAUAGAGGUUUGUUGUCGGUGCUGUUAGCUAAAUGCUGUUAGCAUGGUGCUGUUAGCAUGAUGCUACAGUAAAUGUCAACAUCUCACACGAGGAACUGCACAGAGCCAGAGGUUUGUCAUACUUCAUUCAUAAUGUUAACUCCAGCUUUUGAGCUGAGCCAGGAUCCUGAAUACCUCACCCUCAGCAUCCGUGUACCCUAUACCCGGACUUCAGAGUUUGACCUCUACAUUGAUGGAAAUGAUUUCAAAUUCUUUGCUAAACCAUAUUUUCUGAGGCUUACUCUCCCAGGAAGAAUUGUGGAGGAUGGACGAGAAAAGGCCAUAUUCAACAUUGACAAAGGGCUCUUCACUCUUCGGGUUCCAAAGGAAACAGCCGGAGAACAUUUUGAAGGUCUUGAUUUGCUGACAAGCCUACUGGCCCCAAAAGGCUCCAAAUCAGCAAAGCCACUGAUAGAGGAAGUUACUGCUUGUGCAGAAGGUGAAGAUGUGGAAGAUGAAGAAGAGGAAAAAGAGUUUGACUGGCAAACUGAGCAGCUGGUUUACCAGGAGACGCCGGAAGAGCAACUGACACAAAUGCACAAAUAUGGUUUUGGCAAUCAGAGAACUGGGGUGUUCGCUAGACUACAGGAAGAACUGGCUGAUGUGAUUGAUGUUAAGAACCCAGAAGGCACCACAGCCACAGAGAGGAGACGGGCCCGGCAGGAAGCAGAGACUUUGGCGUUCUCUCCAGACCAUUACCUAGCUGAUUUAUUUGAGGACAAUGAAAUAAAAGGGCUAUUAAACUACAAACCAUGGUGGACAAAGCUGAAGUGUCCCUCGGACCAAGGAGGAGACGCUGGUGUGUUAUUUACAGAAGAGGAGAAGGAGCAGUUGAGGAGAUUCACCAAUCGUUCCUACCUGCAUGACAAAACCACCCGUGGCCAAGUGUGGCUGAGCCUGGUGGACAUUCUGCUGGCUUACAGCUAUGAAGUGCGCUCCACCGAAGGCGAGCACAAUGUGGAGUCACCUUGGACUGUCCGAAAACUCAGUGGAACUCUGAGUUGGCUUGAGGCCUACAGUUCCUUGCAGGAUGCCCUGGUAUCAUUUGGCAGAAGAGCUUUGUGCUUCCCACUUUACAGACAUUUUGACAUGGUUUCCGCUGCCAUCCAUGACACAGCCAAGAUUCUUCAGUUUGGGAAAAGCUGUGUCCUCAAAUGCCUGCUCGAUAUCCACAGAGUGUUCAGAGAGAACGAGCCAGCCUACAUACUGAACGACCUGUACAUCACAGACUACUGCAUCUGGAUCCAGAGGGUCAAGUCCAAGAAGGUGACCGCCCUCGCCACUGCAUUACAAAAGGUAUCCCUGGAGAAAAAGGACUUGGGGCUUGAGCUUGAGGAGCUGGAGAAAGCUGCGUUUCUGGUGCAAGAAGAGGAGAAUUCAGCUGUGGUAUCCCACGGCAACAGCAGCAGCACUUCCAGUGACAGCAGUGGGUCGUCUGAGAGCGAGGAGUCUGAAAGCGAAGGGCUAGACUGCGCAGACACACAUGAGGAGAGAGGAGGAAGAGGAGGAGGAGGAGGAGGAGAGCUACGUCAGCACAGCCCCCCUUUCUCCAACUCCACCAGCUGCACCAUCCCCCGGGGGAGCUUUAACACUCCUUUGACAGCCAACAAGGAAACUGGUGCCCAGCACACACUUGCACACGGCUCCCGGCAGCUAAUUCAGGAGCUGGAGGAGCUGAGAAUCACAGUGGAGACACGUUCUAGCCACAGCAAACAGGAUGCCAUCCCAAAUACCAAGAGUGCUGCUUCAGAAAAGACUGGGAAUGAUGGGAAUUUCCUUGAAGUAAAUCCACGCAAGAAUCCUCUGUAUAUCGUCCAGGACAACUGUGAAGAAAGUGACUGUCAGUAAAACGUGUUUGAGGAUAUGGAUUUUUGAAAGAAUAUGUAAGUUGUGUUGGAGUACUGUAUAUUUCCUAACAAAACUUUUUUAUUUACAAUUGCCUUUUACAUCCUGAGGUAAAAAUUCAUAAAUAUGGAUUAUUUUUCUUUACUGAACCACCAGGCUUGGAGCCAACAAUGCCAUAUAAUGUAAUGCCAACAAUGGCAUUACAUUAUAUAAUCAUAAUCAUUUAAUAAAUAUUUUUUUGCCGUUUUGCAAAUGUAUUGUUUCAGCUUUUAUUGUAAUUAUAUUUGUUACCAUUAGUCAGUUUGUAUCUUGCCUAAUGUCUACAUCUUCAACAUAAAUAUUCAUAAUUUCUUGUCUUAUUUGAGUUGGCAUAAAUUAUUCUUUGACACCACAUUAUGUCUGUAUCAGUCUAAUCCUAUGCACACUACUGGAGAAUCACUAAUGAGUGUCAGUAAGGAACAGUUGUAAUCUCUUUAUAUACUCAUGUUAGUGUCAGACAAUCAAUGCGGUAAUGGUUUUCCCAGAAGUUGACAAAACAUUUGCCUUUGUCAUUCAUCUGAAGUGUCUGGCAGAGCUACUUGGAGAGGAGCAUUUUUUCUCCUAUUAAACGAAAGAAAAGCACUUCCUUAAAGCUGCAGCGUGAUUGAAGUGGAAAAGACCGCGCGCUCAGAGAGAUUGAUUCGUUUGACAUGAAUAGAGGAGGAGCCGCCGACACACCGCUCAAUAUCAUCGGCCGCGACUAAGAAGCCAAGAGAGAGAAGAGGAAGAGAGAGGGAACAGGGAAGCACAUGUCAGGCAGACGGAUGAGGAGUGCGCGUGGGGCUGUUUGUUUGAGAGAUAAAGGCACCCUAGGGCUCCAGACUGCAAACCUCACAUCCAGUCUAGCGCAUGGCCAUAGCAGACAAAUCGACUCUAUAGCUUACUUUGCCUCUGAGAUGUCCACUUGUCUUAUCACCACUGGCCACCUUUUUAUUCCUGCCUUGUUC